AUGGAGGAAUAUUGGAAGAGGGAAACAAAGAGAGGUGGUUCGAGAGUAUUUAAUGUACCAGAACAUGAACUUGGUAGUAUUCAAGUUAAAUGGCUUGAGUUUCACCAAAGUCAAGAAGUGAACGUGAUGUAUCAAGGAACAAUUCAACAAUAUCUAAGACGUCUCCAAGAGCUCGGUGUCCACGAUCUAAAGGUAAAUAAGGGAGAUGGUGAGACUCAUGCGGAGAUGUAUAAGCAUUUGUUUCGCUAUCCACCUCUUCUCUUCGCAGCCGAAGCUCAUCUUAUCGAAUAUGGUGACAAGACUUGUGGAAAGAUCUUCUUACGUUGCAGGCCAAGGUAA